UCCCAGAAAUUGGCACUAGGGUUUCAAUUGAAAUGUUACUGUAUAUUCAGUCGUUGUUAUGAUUGCCUGAAUUCAACUCGAGAGCUUCUGCUUCUCAUGGGAAAGAUGCAGAAAUACCUUAUUUGAAGUACUUACCUGAAGCUGGGAUUUAAUUUUUUUCUACUUCUAAUGCUGUUGUUUACCUUGGCACCUCUCUGGUCAGGCAGAGGGAAGUCAAGUCACUGGAGAUAAGAUGCAAUCUGCUCCUCUUUCGCAUUGGGAAGGAUAUUGAGGCAAUAAAAUUCCAAAUUGAACGGAACCUGCAGUAGGGAAACUACUGCAUGCUUUCUUCUGAUCUUGAAAGGUGUUGGGAAUUAUGGGAUGUGACUUUGAUCCAUUUCCUGAGUGCACAGACCAGUCACCUGCACACUGGUGGAGAGGCAAGGGGUUCCAUUUGCAGCCCAAAACAAUUGUCUUGAGAUGUAGGUGGCUGGAGUCCAAUGUUUGCUUUUCUUAUUGACAUGAAGACUGAGCACUCUUUAGAUUCUUAAAGUGCUUUUUAUAUUAAUUAUUAAUGUUAUCGGUGUUUUACAUUGCUUUCCCCCGUUUUCCCAGUUAGUUGGCUUCUCCAGUUCAGUAAUGGUAGGCUCCAUGUGUUGUAGGUCCCAUGAUUCCAUGACACUGUGGGAUGAUGACCCAGGAGCCUGGCAAUGGUUAAGGCUGCCUAUUUAUGGCCUACAGUGGGUACCCUCUACGUUAUCUUUGCGGAUGGAGAUAGGCAUGGUUGACGUCAAGAAAGGAUGUGUUGGCCGAAGGAGGAGGUGCUGUGGAGCCAGGAUGAUCCUCUUUUGGCUCUGACAAACAGAACAGACCAGAACAAAAUCGUAAGGCCGGAACCUUGAAGCAUACCAUGCCCAAAAAUUGAGGGUCAUUUGAACAGGAAAUGCAACCCCCCUGCGUAUGUUAAUAAGCUUAAUGAAGUACGUGCUACCACACUUGGCUACGUUACUCAACUCUCCACUUUGAUCAUGCCACAUGGAAGAAGCAGGGGGAAGAGACGAUUGGGCUGUAUAUAAGGAGGGUAGAAACUUCACCGAAGUACGAGGAAGACCCGAGAAGACUCAGAGACAGUCAGUGGACUACUCUCCUCUCUCUCAUCCCAAGCAGGAACGCCUUUGUGAACCACCUGUCAUGUUAAAGAAGUCACCUGCCACUGGGGGCUUAUCUCCCCCUGAGCCUGCUACUCAAGAAGUCCAGGAUAUCACUAACCAGGUGAAACUACAACUUGAAGUCAGAGUAAACAGGAAAUAUGACAUCUUUAGAGCCAUACUCUACAGGACUCAAAUAGUUGCUGGGGUGAUGUACUUCAUUAAGGUCCAAGUUGCUGAUACCGAGUAUGUCCACUUAAAAGUGCUUCUGGGCCUUCCUCCAGAGAAUGUAUGUCCUGCCCUUGUCAAUUUUCAGACUGGCAAGACCAGAGAUGAUCCUCUGGACUACUUCUGAGGCAUCCUGACGGACGGUGCCUCACUUCUGCAAGUCACAUGGGGGUUCUGACCAUGACAGUAAAUGCAUGAAAAUAAAAUAAGACUUGAAAGCUA